GCAAGGCACUUUGCAGACGUGGUGGCAGUGCAGGGAGGGGGGGUAUUUUUUGGUGGGGUCUGCGUGCUUGCCAGCACCCCUUGCCCAGGGCUGGCUGCCCGAACCGGGCUCCCGGUUGCCUUUAAGGGCGUUUUUGGGGGAGGCGAGGGGAGCGGAGCGGGGCUGGACUUGGAGCGCGCCGUGCAGCUGGGGAGAGAGGGAAGAGGAGAAGAAAGAGGGAGAAGGAGCGAGAGGAGGGAGGGGAGCGGUGGAAAAAGCCGCCCGGGACCCCCUUCCUCCCCAGGGCCGGGGCCGGCACCCCCGGGGUCCCCAGCUCCCGGACGCCCCGGGGGUGCGGAGGGGAGAGGGCGGCCGACGGGACCCCCCUGCGCCCCUCCAUCGCCGGGGUCCCGCUUGCGGGGAGCGAAACCCUUCGGUUCUCCCCCUCCUUCCCUCCCCUCCCUCCUCCCUCCCUCCUUCCUUCCUUCCUUCUCCAGGCUUGGCCCGGGGAGGGAGGGGGGCUCUGCCUGCAGUUUGCUUUCACGCCUGCCCGCCUGGGCGACGCCGGGCUCACGCCUGCCCCCCCCGGCCUCUCCGGCCGCCCUCCGGCCGCCCCCCGGCCGCCCCCGCGCCCCCCGGGCCAGGUGAGGCUGCGGUGCCGUCCCUUUCGGAUGUAGGCAGGCGAGACCCCGGAUGGAUUUCGGGAGCGUCAUGAACCAGGCUGUGACCCCCUGCUCCCCUGCUGUCAACUAUGAGCUGCCAUCCCCAGGGGAGAGCAUCGUGAAGCAGGUAGAUGCCCUGGAUGCCACAAAAUCCCCCAGGAGUGGGCAGUCACGCCACAAAACAUCCAGGAGCAUGAGCCUGACCAUGGCCAUGGAGAGCAGCUGCGAGCUGGACCUAGUGUACAUCACGGAGCGGAUCAUCGCGGUCUCCUACCCCAGCACGGCCGAGGAGCAGAGCUUCUGCAGCAACCUCCGCGAGGUGGCCCACAUGCUGAAGUCGAAGCAUGGGGACAACUAUGUGCUUUUCAACCUCUCUGAGCGGAGACACGAUAUCAACAAACUUCACCCCAAGGUGCUGGAUUUUGGGUGGCCUGACAUGCACACCCCAGCGCUGGAGAAGAUCUGCAGCAUUUGCAAAGCCAUGGACACGUGGCUCAAUGCAACGCCGCACAACGUGGUGGUGCUUCACAACAAGGGAAACCGCGGCCGGCUGGGGGUGGUGGUGGCUGCCUACAUGCACUACAGCAACAUCUCAGCCAGCGCUGACCAGGCUCUGGACAGGUUUGCCAUGAAGCGCUUCUAUGAGGACAAGGUGGUGCCAGUGGGACAGCCAUCCCAGAAGAGGUACAUCCAUUACUUCAGUGGGCUCCUUUCUGGCAGCAUCAAGAUGAACAACAAACCUCUCUUCCUCCACCACGUCAUCAUGCAUGGUAUCCCCAACUUCGAGUCGAAAGGCGGUUGUCGGCCCUUCCUGAAAAUCUACCAGGCCAUGCAGCCCGUCUACACCUCGGGAAUCUACAACGUGCAAGGAGACAGCCAGACGGGCAUCUGCAUCACCAUUGAGCCUGGCUUGCUCCUCAAGGGCGAUAUCUUGCUGAAGUGUUACCACAAGAAGUUUCGCAGCCCGACACGUGACGUGAUUUUCCGCGUGCAGUUCCACACAUGUGCUGUGCAUGACCUUGAUGUCGUCUUUGGCAAGGAGGACCUGGAUGAGGCCUUCAGAGAUGACCGGUUCCCUGAGUAUGGGAAGGUGGAGUUCGUGUUCUCCUACGGCCCCGAGAAGAUCCAAGGCAUGGAGCACCUGGAGAAUGGGCCCAGUGUCUCUGUGGACUACAACACAUCUGACCCGCUCAUCCGCUGGGAUUCCUAUGAGAACUUCAACAUUCAGCGUGAGGACAGUGCAGAGGGCGCCUGGGCUGAGCCGCCUCUGCCCAGCAAGCACCUGGAGAAAGAGGUUGGGCACACACAAGGGCCCCUGGACGGGAGCCUCUACGCUAAAGUGAAGAAGAAAGACUCCCUCCACGGCAGCACCGGCGCCAUCAACGCCGCCCGUCUCCCACUUUCGGCAACGCCCAACCACGUUGAGCACACACUCUCGGUGAGCAGCGACUCGGGCAACUCCACCGCUUCCACCAAGACUGACCGGACCGAUGAGCCGGGGGUGCCCAGGGCGCCCGGUGGCCAGGCGGUGCUGAGCCCCGAGGAGAAGCGGGAGCUGGAUCGUCUUCUUGUCGGCUUUGGCUUGGAGAGUGCGCCACCCAUGCACAACCACGCGCCUGGGCCCGUGCCGGCGCGCCUGCCUGCCGUGCCGGGCCGCCACGUGGUGCCGGCUCAGGUGCAUGUCAACGGGAACGCGGCGGCGCUCGUGGCUGAGCGGGAGACGGAUAUCUUGGAUGACGAGUUGCCCAACCAGGACGGGCACAGCGUGGGCAGCCUGGGCACCCUCUCCUCUUUGGACGGCACCACCACCACCAGCGAGGCCGGCUACCAGGAGGCGCCCCGGGUGGGCAGCCUCUCCUCCCUGCCCAAUGGCCCCUCAAGCUGCAACGGGGCUGAGAAGCUGCUGAAGGAGGGACUGUAUGACAGUGAGCUGCUCUCCAACGGUGGCUACCCUUACAACAACCAGAACACCAUGAUGGGACACCACCUCCGUGACCCGCUGCCUCCCUUGCGGCCCUCAGCAUCAGCUCAGGACCACCUGGCUGGCUACCCUCAGCGCCCACCGGGCUCCCACGCCCCGGGCUGGCUGCAGCCCCAGCCGCUGCCCAGCUCCCAGCCCUACCUGUACAGCUACGACCCUCCUGGUGCCUAUCGCUCCCGGUCCUUCCCAGUGGUGGACAUGGCCAAGUAUGAUGGGAACCCAGCACUGCCCCAGGCCCCAGCUCGCAGCACCAGCAGCCGGGAGGCUGUGCAGAGAGGCUUGAAUUCCUGGCAGCAGCAAGGGGGGAGCCGGCCACCUUCCCGGCUGCAGGAGGUUGGCCUAGAGAGCCACAGCCCCAGUGUCUCCAGCUGCAGCCCCCAGCCCAGUCCGCUGCAGCCAGUGCCCCCCCACAGCCACAGCAUGCCUGAGUUCCCCCGGGCGCCCUCCCGCCGGGAGAUUGAGCAGUCCAUUGAAGCGCUUGAUGUCCUGAUGCUGGACCUCGCGCCUGCCGUCCACAAGUCACAGAGUGUGCCUGCCACCUCCCGCCAGGACAAGACGGCGGGACCCUUGCUCUCCUCUGUCUCAGCCCAGCCCAUUGCUGGUCUUUAUGCCCAGCCAACUCCACAAGUGGCCCAGCCAAGGUCCUUUGGGACAUCUGUGAGCCCUGUGGCCUCCGAGCCUCGGGGCAAAGCCUAUUCUCCUGGAGAGUCAGACUAUGGGGUACACGAGUACCGGGAAACCUAUUCACCAUACAGCUACCAGCCAGCUCCAGUGCCGGAGCCAAGGAACUACAGCCAAGCCCCAGCUGGACCAACAAUGGGCAUCCUCCCGCUCAGCACCUCCUACAGCCCCGUGGGGUCUCAGCAGCUCCACGUCUCCUCCCCGCCUUCUCCCACUGUCACACCACAAACCCAGAUGCCCCCCAAGGGACUGGAGAGCUAUGAAGACCUGUCGAGGUCAGCAGAAGAGCCUCUGAAUCUGGAGGGCCUGGUGGCCCACAGGGUGGCAGAGUACAACGCCAAGCUCAGGGAACUCAACAAGAGCACCAAAGUCCCCCGUCCUCCUCUGAACCAGCAACGGUCCUUCUCCGGGGUACAGUCCCGGGAGAAGCCCCUGGAGGAGAGCACUGUCCCUGCUCGCAAGCGAACCCCCACUGACAGCCACUAUGAGAAGAGUUCACCGGAGCCAAGCUCGCCCCGCAGCCCUACCAUCCUCUCGCCUGAGGUGGUCAGCACUAUCGCAGCCAACCCUGGAGGGAGGCCCAAAGAGCCUCACCUCCACAGCUACAAGGAAGCCUUCGAAGAGAUGGAGAGUGCCUCCCCCACCAGCCCACCCUCCAGCGGCGGUGAGAUUUCCUCCCCCACCCCAGCCUUCCCCGUCUCGCCACAAACCCCUUACUCCAACCCCUUGCGUUCUCCCCCUGGCCUGGCCAAGACGCCUCUCUCAGCACUGGGGCUGAAACCCCACAACCCGGCUGAGAUCCUGCUGCAUCCAGUGGGAGAGCUAGAAGGGGAGGCGGGCGGUAGCUCUGAAGAAGAGCCCAGGAGCUAUGUCGAGUCGGUGGCCCGCACGGCCACAACAGGCAGGGGAGGGACCCUGCCUGCCGCCCAGCCCGGGGGCCCCGAGAUGCCCACCAGGAAUGGCACCUUUGCCAACUCCUUCACUGCCCCCAGCCCUGUCUCUACCAGCAGCCCCAUUCACAGCAUGGAUGGGGCCUCUCUCCGCAGCUACCCAUCGGAGGGCAGCCCCCAUGGCACACUUACACCUCCCCACGCCUCGGUUGAGCCUGUUUACCGGUCACCUGUUGGCUCGCAGAUGCCAUCUGCUCACAGCAGCUACCAAAACUCGUCUCCGUCUUCCUUUACAAUGAUCCAGGGUGGGGUCCCAGGCUCAGCAUAUACCAGCCCCGACUACCCUGAUAGCCGAGCUGGCCUCCAGCCGGACCUCCAAGCUCGGCCACAGCCGCAGGUCAGCGUGGCGGGGGCUCAUGUCCUGCCAGGGAGCCCCCGCACCCUGCACCGGACAGUGGCUACCAACACGCCGCCCAGCCCUGGCUUUGGGCGAAGAGCCAUCAACCCCAGCGUGAGCGGUGCUCCUGGCAGCCCUGGGCUGGGCAGGCAUGCCAUGGCAGCCCACAGCAACCUGGUGGCCCCGCCGGGGAGCCCUAGCCUGGUCAGGCAUCAAGUUGCGACAGCCGUCCCCCCUGGCAGCCCCCUGUACGGCUACCCCAGCCCGGAGGAGAGGCACCCAACGCUGUCUCGGCAGAGCAGCUCCUCUGGCUACCAGCCUCCCUCCACGCCAUCCUUCCCUGUCUCGCCGGCAUACUACCCCGGCACGAGCACACCGCACUCCUCCUCCCCGGACUCGGCUGCCUACCACCAGGGCAGCCCCACACCGCAGCCCGCGCUGCCUGAGAAGCGGCGCGUAUCAACAGGGGACCGCUCCAACAGCCUGCCCAACUAUGCCACCAUCAACGGCAAGGCGUCCUCGCCCCUCUCCAGCGGCAUGUCCAGCCCCAGCGGUGGGAGCACCGUCACCUUCUCCCACACGCUGCCAGACUUCUCCAAGUUCUCCAUGCCAGACAUCAGCCCCGAGACUCGUGCCAAUGUCAAGUUUGUGCAAGACACUUCCAAGUACUGGUACAAACCGGAGAUCUCCAGGGAGCAGGCCAUUGCACUGCUGAAGGACAGGGAGCCAGGGGCUUUCAUCAUUCGAGACAGCCACUCCUUCCGCGGAGCCUAUGGCCUCGCCAUGAAAGUAGCUUCUCCGCCUCCCACGGUCAUGCAGCAGAACAAGAAAGGAGACAUCACCAACGAGCUGGUGAGGCACUUCCUCAUUGAGACCAGCCCACGGGGUGUGAAACUAAAAGGAUGUGCCAACGAGCCCUAUUUUGGCUGCCUCUCGGCUCUGGUGUACCAGCACUCCAUCAUGCCCUUGGCCCUGCCCUGCAAGCUUGUCAUUCCUGACCGAGAUCCCAUGGAGGAAAAGAAAGACAACACAUCGGCCACCAACUCGGCCACGGACCUCCUCAAACAGGGUGCAGCCUGCAAUGUUCUCUUCAUCAACUCUGUGGAGAUGGAGUCACUGACGGGCCCCCAGGCCAUCGCAAAGGCUGUUGCUGAGACGCUGGUAGCUGACCCCACGCCCACUGCUACCAUCGUCCACUUCAAAGUCUCUGCACAAGGCAUCACCUUAACCGACAACCAGAGAAAGUUGUUCUUCCGACGACACUACCCCCUCAACACUGUCACCUUCUGUGAUCUGGACCCCCAGGAACGAAAGUGGACUAAAACUGAUGGCAGUGGCCCGGCCAAGCUCUUUGGCUUUGUGGCCAGGAAGCAAGGGAGCACCACAGACAAUGUCUGCCACCUCUUUGCUGAGCUGGACCCGGACCAGCCAGCUGCAGCCAUCGUCAACUUUGUAUCCAGGGUCAUGCUUGGCUCCGGCCAGAAAAGAUGAGCCGGUGCUUGCAGGUGAUUCUUGAAUUUUGGAGAAGGACUUGGAGCUGAUCCGAGAAGGAGUGUGAGGAAGUGCAUUGUGGGAGAGGGAAGUGAAUCGGGGGGGAAAAGGGUUGGAAUUUUGGAGGAAAACAGCAAACAACAAACAAAACCCCUAUGAAACCCUUAAGAACUCAACACAAGUCAAACACACACAUAGAGGAACCAAAACCACGCACCUACAUAAGAGAGCCACAAAAUCGUGUCAGACGGGAUGCAUGAUGUCUCAGCACAGGGACGGAGACCAAAGAGAAGGCAGUAGCAAGAGGUGUGUUCCCAGCUUUCAGCAUCACAGUCCUGAGUUAUGACAUCCACUUGGGACCAGAUGUGGGACCAUGACUGGUGUUUUCCACCUGGAAAAAAAAAAAAGGAGACAACCAGCAAAACCCAUGGAAGAAGCUCCAUCCCAUCAACUCCAUUAGUGAAUGUCUGCUGCAUGUUUGAAACAACACAUAGGUGAUAACGUGGGCUGGGCCUGCAGGACACUGGAGGAGAUGCCCUUGGAAACCUUCUCUUGCAUGGCUGCAGUGGAGGGUCCUUGCUGGCCCCCACACUUCUCCCAAAACCUGCUGGCUGCCUGGUGACUUGAUAGGGUUUUUGGGGGGCUUAGUCCUGAGCCCUCCCAUCCCCAGGGAGCUUGGCCAUGGGCUGACAUCCAUUGCUGACCCAUAGCCCAGCGCUGAUCACAGGUGAGCAGCUGUGAGUCCACCCAGAUAGGAGGGUCAUGGCAUUUCCCCACCUCCCUAGGGGUGCUUUGGUGCCCCAUAGCCCUCGGGGAGGUGUGUGUGGGGGGCUCCUGCUGCUCCUGGGGAAGGCAGGACCCUCCCUGGGAACCUCCUGGGAGGAUGCAGAAAUUAACCUCCUCUCCCAUCUUCCCCUUUUCCCUCCCAUCGCUAGUCCUCUUUGGCAAUUUUCUCCUGCAGCCUGUCACAUGCUCUCUUAACACAUAAACCAAAACAAAACAGAAGGGAAAGAAAAACAUUGUAAUAAUAAUAAUAAUUAUAAUAAUAGUGGAUGCUGGCACAGGUGGGUUCCCUGUGCGAAGCAGCAGACCCGUGGCUACCCCUGUCUUGCUCUUCGGAGACAAGCAAGUGGUUUUUAAAUUGCAUGGACGUUCAAGUUGCACGAAAGGCGAAUGACUACAAGUAACUCAGGCGCUUUUUUCUCCUUUUGUUUUGGAGGCCACGUUAAAAAAAAAAAAAAAAAAAAAAAAGAUAAGGAAGAAAGUUAAAAGGAAAAAAGAAAAAUGAAAAAAAAAAAAGGACCUGCGGUCGCUGGGCAACUUUGGCUCAGUGGGGAGGUAACAGGUCCUCUGAGAGCCACCCUGCUCAGCACGCGUGUACCCAAAAAACUGGCUGGCUGGCUGGAGGUUCACCCUCCCCGAAUGCACCAUAGUUUUGCAGUGACUUUGGUGCCGUCAGCUUUUCCCUUUGCUUUGGGAGGUGUGGAGGGCCAGCUGCGGGUGAGAGGAGCGAAGGGCCCCCCAAGCUGCUGCAGCAGGGGGGGAUCAUGGUUCGGGGACAGCAGGUGGAGGUUCCAGCUCCAUGAUGCUGGGGGAGGGCAGAGGAUGCCUUAGGUCAUACAUGCAGGUUUGGGGUGGGGGGAAUGGUCAUUGCUGAGCCCUCUGCUGCAUAUAUCCCCCUGAGAGCCUUUUGGGAGAAGUUUUCAGUGCAAAGUGGCCCAGAUACUCUACUGGGGGCAAAAAUGAGAAACAUAGCACUGCAGCCCCCUGAGAAAGCUUGCCUCCCUUGGACUGCCUUUGCCUUGAUAGCUAUAAUAUAUGUACGAGCUAUACUGACGAAAUACUGUAAGCUAACAAAAUUCUAAGGAGGAAAAAAGGUUAAAUUUACACUCAAAAAGUAUUUAUUUUUGCCAUAUCGCUUUAUGCAUAUCAUAUCUCCCCCAUUAUAUCUGCCUGCCCCCCCUUCCCCUGCCCUGGGGAAACACCUUCAUGUUAAAAGAAAAUGCGGAGCAAGGAAAAAUGCAGAUGGGGGAAGAGAUGCAGGGGUCCCCCGUGUCGGGGCAGCGCGUGUGUGUGCCCGGUGUGCGUGUGUGUGUGUGUGCGCGUGUGCGUGGGGGAGCGGCAUGGGUGCCCGGAGGGGCUGGCACGGCCGGAGGCUGUACUGAUGUGUGAAAGGAUGCAUAGCAAGGAGUUGGUUGUGAGAUGGUGGCAGGACAGGAGGUUCUAGGGGGGCUUUCCCCCUCCCUGGCCACACAGAUGCAGAGACCUUUUCAUUUUUGUUGUUUCCAAAAAGCGAUUCCCUCCUUCUGCAAAAUUCAAGCGAGAUGAGAGAUGAUCUCACCUGUAAUCUCCUUACCCUGCCGCUUAUCAAUUAGAGAAAACACUGUGUUUAUAGAUAUAUAAAAAUAUAUUUUUGAAAGCCUCUAUUUUUCAGACUCGGUUUUCUCACUGCUAAGAAAAGAGAUGAUAAUAAUGUAAUUUUAUUUUAAUCUGCUGCCUCGGAAAACGGUGCUUGAAACUCCCAUUCCUCUUUUUCUCCCUGUACAAAUGAAGCAGAUCUAAGCACCCCAGAGGUGCUGUGUAGAAGCCAACCCCAGCAGAUACGUGCCGACAGCAUCACACCUGCUUUGGGCCGCGAGCCACGCACGGCUUCCCCACUAAUCUGCUAGGUGGAGAUUAAGACCGUAUCCAAAUCUCGAACACUAACAAAAUUGUCUGAUGUUUAUUAUUUUUUUUUUUAACAGAGCUAAUCACCUUCCAAUGAUGUAGCCAGGUGUUUGUCAGCUCCCUUUAAUGGCACUUUUUUUCUUUUUGUCUUCUUUUUAAAGUUACAUUUUUAGAUGUAACUACCCUUUCUGUCCCCAGGAGAGACCGUCAGCUGGCAUUGAGGAUCACCCAGCUCCUGGGGCUGGCGGGGACCCAGUGUUGAUAUUUUUUCCUUAUGAAAGGGACAGAAAAUACUCUUUAUUUUUAUUCUUUGGUUUUUAAAUGCAGUCAUGGUAUUUGAGAUUUGAGCUUGCACGAGUUAAGCCCAGCAUAUGUUUCGUUGUAAUCACACUGCCGUUGUCAGCAGCUGGAUGGUAUCUCUCUCUCACACAAACACACACACAAACACAUCCCUUCUUCCUGCACAAAGAACUGCAUAUAUUCUUGCCAAAGAUAUCCUUAAAAACGCACUUUUCCCCACAUAUAUAGAUAUAUAUAUAUAUAAUUUUUUUUGCGUGUGUAAAUUUAUUGUACGUGCCCUUUUUGUGUUGAAUUGUUCUUCAGAGGAGCCCCUUCACAUCCAUCCUCCCUUUGCUGUCAGUGUUGCUGUUUGUUGGGAAACGCUCCUUGAGGGGGUCGCUUGCUGCCUGUCCCAAAUGGUAGCACCUGCAAGAUGGAAAAUGUGGGGAUCCCGUUCAAUGGGGCUGCCUCUGGCUUUGCCCCCCAAGAGGUGUUUUGGGGGAUGAUCCGCAUCAUCAUCAUCUGAUGGGAUGCACCCAUCUCACGGUCUUGGCCAGGCCCCCCAUUGCCAGUGGAGAUGGGAGUUCAAGGGUUUAAGCAAAUAAACGGAGCGAAGUUUGGGGUUGCUCAGGAUGCAACAUUUGCUGUCUGUCUCCUGGUCAAACCACACAUGGAAAACAAACCAGGUAGGGAGAAAAACCCAACCCAGCCUCCAGGCAUUGCUUUUCCAGUGAGUUCAACCGCCUGAACCAAAGUGCAAAGAAAAUCCCCACCCAGCAGGUUGGGUGGGUGAAGAAACCAGUUGCCCCAAAAACCCCAGACAGGAGCAUCAACAAAAGGCAACCCUUCCCAAGGAGCAGGCAGGAGGAUCAGACAGCAAAGGAGCCCGCAGGGGCUUGUUUCAUUUCAUUCGUUUGUUUUGCAAAUUGUGAGGUUGGUUUGGGGUUACUCUUUUUUUUUUUUUUUUUUCUUUUCCUUAAAAAGGAAAGGAAAAACAAGAAAUAAAGGAAGCAACCUGAUGUUUCUGUUGGCGGAUCAUGUGCCGCCGUGUUAUGCGUGGUUUUUUUGUUGUUGUUGUCUUUGUUACUUUGGGAAUGUUACAGAUUUAUUUGCUAAUCAGUGUUAAUGAACAGUUUCAAACUUUUAGACUUGCCCAUUUCUGUGUAUUUAUAUAGAUGGAAAAAGAAUACGUUAUAUUUUGUAUCUUUGUGCCCAUAAUGUCGCGCGUGUAAGGAUGACUUUGGUUGUACCCAUGUCCCUGUGUGAAUGUGACUCCGCUGUUGUCUUCCUGUUGUACAGACGUUGGAUUCUUUGCUGUUCAUUGUAUGGCUUUAUAAAGUGGUAAAAACAACAAAAAAAAUCAGUUAUAUAAAAUAUACUGUUGCUUGGAAUGCCA